GAUACUACGCUUGGUGAGAAUGAAGCCACAAUACAAUGCAGCGAGGCAGCCUACCAGCAAUUUCAUCAAAAGAUUACGUCCUUGGAACAACAAUUGGACACAGAAAAGAAGCUACGCAUCAAAGCACAAAAUGACUUCAAGAACGUUUCGAAGCAAUGGAAGCAGGUGGCUCAGCAACUGAACCAACAGCAUACGAAUGCCAAUUCUUUCCAUACUGUGACAGAUGACUAUUUGAAACAACUAGUAAGAGAGCUCAGGUACGAUAUACGGCAUUUUUCACAAUCAUACUUCGAAGACAUAUCAUCUCAACCAUGGCCUCUACCGCCGAAAGACGGUCAUUCGACAAGGAGUGUAUUGCCCGAGCAAUAUAAAGGCUGUCCAGCAUCUCCCAUACUCGCGCAGUCGUUUAUCUGGCAUGUAUUGGCGGAAACAGUUUUCGAUCGAUACCAAUGGCCCGCCGAUGACCGUUUAGGCACGCAAUUAUUUCGGAUUUCAGCACAUUUGAGACCUAGUAAGUAUGCACUUAUCCCUUAAGAAAAUUCAUAAUUUGCUCAUAACUGGCCAAGAAAUUCGUAGCCUCGACGAGACAGAGGGCCCCUCUGAGUGCGAAGCUCUUAAGAAGUUCCACACCUGGCGAGCUACAACUGCGAAUAUGGUGUUCAAAGCAGAAGAUGCCUUGAGGGUAUCAAAUGCUUGGGAAAAUUUUAGAAACAUAGUGAUCGAAAAUGAUAUCAACCCGUUUGUUUUGCAAUUUGUCAAAAAGGCGGAAUAUGCACGAUAUUGCGGUUUACUCAAGCAGAUUAUCGAAAAGGCUCUGGUUCUGGAUCGGGAGAUUAGUAGGCAAGCUGCCUGGGUUCGCUGGGUAUUUGAAGACCAAAACAGACGCUCUGACACUGCGGAAAGUGAUCCGCCCAUCGACCAAGAAAGGGUACGCGUCAUCAUCGCUCCAGCGUUGCUAAAACGCGGUAAGUCGUCGGGUGACAAGUUUGAAGAGCAGAUAGAGUUGUUAUCAGCAGAAUCUUCUGUUGUCCAGAAACUACAGUCGUCAAGGCCCCCCAGGACAGGGUGGAUGAAGUAAUUUAUUCUCAAGUAGUCAGAGUUGUUGCUUCUUAUGUUGUUCGGGGGCCGAUAUCGCCAAGAAUUGGGAGAUGAUUUGUUCGCAAGCAGCAACGGCUAUCGUGGCCACCGCUCGGAAAGUCGAUGGUUUUAGUAUGAUAUUUUCUAAACUCUAGAGAACAUUCGUUACCACUGAUGAAUAAAAAUGAAUAUUAGUUUGAUACAAUCCCCGCAAUAUCUCUUUCACUGGCAGAUGUCGCCAGCCAGGGAUUGGGAAGCAAAAUAUAGCUUCACAUGACCUGGUGAACCAAACCUAGAAUAUAUGGUACUUGAUUUUGUGGCUAUUUAGUUGUAUUUUGCCUCCUAAUCCCUG